AUGACUGACGCCAAAUCGGAAGCUGCGCAAGCCUCUGCGGACAGCAGCCCCCCCGCCGCCCGCCCCGACGCCGCACAGGAACAGCAACAGCGACAACAACCUCCCGCCCAAGACGCCGCUGAUCAUAAACCUGGCCCUACGACUGGGGCCUCGACACCCGCCGUGCGAUUCUCUUCGGCCGUACAGGAAUUCUCGCCUGUCCAAGACGACACCCCGGCUGCUGCUCCCGACGCCCCCGCCGCCCAGUCGCAAGAGGUCACCCCCGAGCAACUGAGGGCCUUUACCAAGUCGCUCCAAGGGCCGCUGCUGCAGGAGCGUCGCCUGAAUACCUACCAAUUUGAAGCCUUUUCUCUUCCGCCGUCCCGUGUUCCCUCCCGCGAGGAAGACUCUCCCGACUCAACACGCCUUCAUACCCCCGUAUCCUCCAGUUACCACUCUCCCCAUGGCAGUCCUCGCAUCUCAGCGCUGGCCUCCCCGCCUCUGACGCCCUCGGGCUCAGCCGGCGAACGACGAGCCAGAGACAAGCGCCCCGUCGGCGCCACCGGCAGUGACUCGCACAUGAUUACACCGUUGCAAUCUACCUCCCAAGAAGCCCUCGCGCAAGAGCGAGCAUCGUUGGUCCAUCGCCCAGGCUCCGAUCAUGCUGCUCUGCGUCGCUCCUCAUCCGUCGAGGAACACCUUGGCGAUCCUCGCAGCCACCGCAAGGGCAUGUUCAGCGUCGGCGGCAGCUCCGUUCCAGUCUCUCGCGAAUCAAGCCCUUCCCGCAGUUCUGCCUCACAUUUUUACUCCAAGCCCGCCACCCCGAUUGGUGAUCUCAAUGACCCCUACGCAAAGAAUCGACGCCCACCACUGCAGCCCCACCCCAGCCGCGCCUCCAUUGACCCGCGCUUUGUCUUUUCAAAGAAGAAGAAGCACGGCUCCCCGGGUGGUUCCCGUUCGAGCCUGGCUGGCUCUGGAGCCUUUAACUCCUCCAAGGACGAUUCGAGCGACGGAGGCUCCGGCCAUGGCCACGGCCACGGCCACCACCAUGGACACGGAUCCAUGGCCGAUCUGAAGCGCUUCUUCCGCAAAUCGGGCCACAACAAGAAGCGCGACGCCUCGCCUGGCCCGCCCAAACCCAAAACCCACACCCCCCCGAGCAGCUCCCGCAGUUCUCAGCUCGUUCCCUUUGCCGAUGAUCAUGGACUCAGCUCUAAAUACGGAAAGCUCGGCAAGGUUCUUGGGGCUGGCGCUGGUGGCUCCGUCCGUCUCAUGCGCCGCAAGGAGGAUGGCACUGUUUUUGCCGUAAAAGAGUUUCGCGCUCGCCACACCUACGAGUCCGAGAAGGAAUACGCCAAAAAGGUAACAGCCGAAUUUUGCGUUGGUUCCACCCUUCACCACGGCAACAUUAUCGAGACCCUCGACAUUCUCCAGGAAAAGGGUCGCUGGCUCGAGGUCAUGGAGUACGGCCCGUACGAUCUUUUCGCUAUUGUCAUGACUGGUAGAAUGACGCGCGAGGAAGUCAGCUGCUGCUUCCUCCAAAUUCUCAACGGCGUGACAUAUCUGCACAGUCUGGGUCUGGCCCACCGCGAUCUCAAACUCGACAAUGUUGUCGUUAGCGACAAGGGCAUCAUGAAGAUUAUCGACUUUGGUAGCGCCCAUGUCUUCAAGUAUCCGUUCGAGACGGAGACUGUUCUAGCCAAAGGCAUCGUCGGAUCGGACCCGUAUCUGGCACCUGAAGUAUACGAUCAAAAGGAGUACGACGCGGCUGCGGUGGACAUUUGGUCGCUGGCGAUCAUUUAUUGCUGUAUGAGCCUGCGCCGCUUCCCUUGGAAGCUGCCGCGCAUGACAGACAACUCUUUCAAGCUUUUUGCCUCUGAGCCAACGCCUGGCCAUGACCCCAAGAAGCUGAUUGUUGGAACGCCGUCGACGACUUCCUCAGCUGCCAAUAUCUCAGCUCUUUCUACUCGUGAAGCCGAGCAGCGCUCCAAGAGCCAGCAUGAGUCUGGGGAGAAUGGCACUACCAACUCGAGCGCUACUACUGGAGACUCCAAAUCUGUCGAGCUCCAGCACGAGCCUAAGCAUGACGAAAGGCAAGAGAAGCAAGAAGAGAAGCAAGAAACGAAGACCGAGCCCAAACCUCAGGAGGGUGAGAAGAAGGAAAUCAUCAGAGGACCUUGGCGCAUUCUUCGACUUUUACCCCGAUACAGCCGUCACGUCAUCCACCGCAUGCUCGAGCUUGACCCCAAAAAACGCGCCAAAAUGGAAGAAAUUCUAGAAGACUUCUGGGUAGGCGACACGGUCAUAUGUCAACAGCUGGAGAAUGGUGAGGUGCUUGCGGCCGAGGACCAUGUGCACGUGCUUGAGCCGCCGAACAACCCCAGCACAUAG